UUUUCUGCGUCGAUAGUCGCGAUUACUUGUUUUUAACAACGUGCGUUCAACGAGUCGAGCUGCACGUAUGAAAUGGAGCCUAUGGAAGUAAUAGACCUCUCUUCAGACGACGAGAAAACACCAUCCGCGCCAAAGUUACGCAAAGCCAAGACUGACUACCAACGUCAUCACUCGAAUUCAACGGUUCCACUAGCCAGACACAGCAAUUAAUUAAUUAUCUGCAUAACGUGCCACUUCUAAUGUUUAUUGAAGAAAUGAUCUGUAGAUUUGCAUCAAUGGGGGCAUGGAAGCAACUUUGUCGUUACUUUCUAAGAGUAGACUACCAACGAAAAAUCUUAUUUGCAAAAACGAGGAAGAAUUGGAGAUCGUGUAUAACGUAGUUUCAGCCAAGAAACGAAUACACGAUGAUGGAAAUCCAACACAUGUGAAAAAAAUUAAGUUAUCUACGUAUGAUCAAAAUCCUACAAAUGGAGUUAAAAAGCUGGUUACUAAUUCUGCAACCCUGUCAAAGUUGCAUAACAACAAAUGUCAACUGACUGCAGAUCAAAAACAAAAAAUAAAGCCAGACAUUUGUUCACCAAAAUCUGCUACUAUACUCGUGGAACCUCAUCCUGCGCAGAGUUCUGACAUUGUUGUUAAUUUAGGCUCAAAAAGAGAACAAAAUGCAACUGAUUCAGAUAUUAGAGAUACAUCAAAAUCACGAAAUGAUCGGCAGAGUACUCAUGCAUUUAAGGUCAAUGAAGGAGCAUCAUCAUCCAGGCAAAACCUUGAGCCAAAAUUGGUGGUUAAGAAUAAAGUCAAAGUUUCUGAACUUUGCGAUCCCAAUUUGACUAUCAGUAAAGAAUUGUUUCAGUCAUUUUUGAAUGCUUGCAGAAGUAAAGACUGUAGCAUGGAUAUGGUUAAAAUCAUAGCAAAACUUCAAAAACAUUUCGAUAAUUUAGAGCCACAUUAUGCAAAGUCUGAAAGUUUUAUUAAAUUGAUUCGUACGAAGGAAAAGUUAAUCUUAAACGAACCGAAAAUGUCUUUUGUGACCAUAAGUGAGGUCAAUGACGAAAUGAAGGCUCGACAAAUUCAAAAUAGACUUGUGGCCAAAUGCACCUUCGUCGAUGAAGAAUCAGAUGAAAAAGAUGUUAAACAUAGGGAAAAAUUGAGAGCAUUGGAAAAAGCGAUGAGACGCUGCGAACACUACAUACAAAAGUGCGAAAUGGCUGAUGUUGAUUUUGAUGAUGAAAAUGAUAGCCAUUAUAUAAUGGCAGAAAAAUAUAAGCAGAGAAUGGUUGAACUUUACAACAAAUAUUGUGAAAUGACAGGAGAAAGUGCAGAUGCAGGUCGUGACUAUUUGAGACCUAAGCAUCAUUCUGUAACACCUCUGCCGAUAUUAAAUCAAGCAAUUUCAAAUUUUGUCAACAUGAAAAUGACCAAAUUUAGGGAAUCAUCCUCUUGGAGUAAGAAAAAGGGUAACAGGACACGUUUCACCAGUGCUGUAAAUUUUCCCGAUUAUGUAGAUAUUUUGAACUGCAUAAAAAAGUGUAACGUGGACCAAAAUCUUGAAUUGAGUAAGGCGAAACAAGAAACAAUUGCGAAGCAAGCGUUUCUGGACUUGGGUGCAUACUUACAACGCUGCAGGCAAUCUGACUAUUACGAUACUUUCUCAUUAUACCUUAACAAUGACUCUGACCCGGCAUUAGAAGAUGCAAGCCUAGCGGAAAAAUUACGUAAAAAUAAAGAAAUUGGUAGAGAAAGGUUGGACAAAGUAUUUGCGGAAUUCGUGAAAAAACAAGAUGAAUCUAAAACCACUGAGAGUAUAUCGGAAUCAGAAAAAGUAGAAGAAACAGAGACGAAUAACGAAUCUUCAGAUGACAACGAAAGUGAUGAAUCUGACUCAAACGAGCAUGAUCCACUGGAUAUAGAAAUGGAUAGUGAUGUCAAUGAAAGUGAUGGUGAUAAAGUAAGCAUACGAUCGCAAAAAGAUUCCAGUCCAACAGAUAAUGACAGCAAACUCAAUAGGGUUUCAGAUAUAGAUGAAGAGAUUAAUAAUGAUGUAGAAAAAAGUAAAGGAUGCCGAAGUAAUUCCCUUUCACUUUCGAAAAAUAGACGAACACACAGAAAUUCGGGUACGAAUAAAUCUGCAACAGAAAGAAGUGUAAAAAAUGUUGAUGCUGCUGAAGAAAAAAACACGUACAUGAAAAUCCCAUCAGAAAUUUUGUUGCCUCAAACUGCUGUUGAUGGUUCGACUGUCGAUCAAACACAGGGUGAUGAGAUAAGUGAAACUAAAGGAUCCAAAAUUGUCAAGAAAAUUGCUUUACCACCUGGUAGUCAGAAGAAAACAACUACACCUGUAGUCUGCAACACAAAUUUAUUACCAAUGGUAAAAACAAACGAUUUGGGAUCAGCUGGUGGGAGCUCAUCUCCAAUUCCUUCUGACAAAGCGGAAGUAACCGAUGCUUCUGCCAUGGCCCCAGCUUCCAAAUCGAUCUGCGUGGAGGAAGAGAAGAAACCAAUUUUGAGGCCACGGUCAUUCGCUAAGCCAUCUGCUUAUUGGGCAGAUUUUCAGACUGAAACAAAUAACUCGGGUGGAAAUAUGAAGAUGAAUGAAACGACAGAUGUGGAUAUGAAGGAAGAAAAAAAUGAAAAAAUGUUGCAAGCUCAAUGUGGACAACAUGAAACUAUAAAACGGAUUAACCCAACCCCGACAGGAAAGACUAUACAGGUGAAUGCUGAUGUCCUCAAAGAUUUGCAGAGUAAAAAAACGACUAUCAUGAUACCCACCAUUGCGAGUAGAAAUAGUCCGAAAAUCAGUGUUAACAAUGUGACGAAUAACUUUACAUUUGUAAAUUUCAAGAAGCAGAUUCAGUUAAAACCAAACAAUACAUCCGGCCCUUCGCAACAAACUAACACCGACAAAAAAGGGACAAUAAUUGCACAUUGCAGUAAUGUUGGGGUAAUCAGUAUUAGUUCCAAGAAAGGGCAAUCUUCUCAAAAAUCCAAUGAGAAUCAGACAGUGAAAACUUUGACAGUCAGCAGGCCGGUCAAACCAACUAAUUUCAACAAUCAAACAACUACCGUAAUCACACCGCCAAGACAAUAUAAAAUUAUAGCGCCAAAAAACAUAGAAAAUCAGGUUCAAAAAAGGACUAUUUGCCAUCUGCCCAUUUUAAAUCAACGUGGGAAAAAAACAAUAUAUGAGGUGGUGAAACAUAUCCCCUCAAACAAAGUUCAAAAUAUUGUUCUUCCAAGGCCUGUUGCGCAAAAGCAAGUACCACUUGAUCCAGCUCAAAGGGUAAGCGGCAAUUUACGCGCUAUUGACCCAAAAUUGAAAGUCCAUGUUUCCAAAAGUGUUAGAAAAAUUUUUCAUAUCAAUGUUCCUCGGAAACCUCUGGAUAAGUCAAAAAAAAUAUACCAUGAAUCCGACGAUACAGUUCCCACGUAUGUGGUAGAGUAGAUACUAAUACCCUUUUUUCUACUGCACUCCUAUAGUAUGAAAAAGUAUAUUUAUUAUUACUUUCAUGCAAAAGUUAUAGAUAGCGAAGUUGGUGAACAAUAAAGUAUAAAGUAGAAUGAUAAUACAUUCGGCUGAUAAAUUAAUCAUCUAUUGUAUUAUUUAUUGUAAGUAUUACAUAUAUUACUUUCUUGUAUUCGUUGAGUAUUAAAUUGAUUGCUUUUUUACAAA